UCUGGCACUUCAACAAAGAUGUUGGUGUUCUACUUGUCAGUGAUGAUCAAGCUUUUCUUACAGUUGGAUGCAUCUCUUUGUCCUCAGAAGUGCAACUGCUCUUCAAAAAAUGCAAUUCAUUGCUCUGGUCCCCACAUCAAAGACCUGGAAUCCUUAAAUCUGCCUUGCAAUAUGACAGAAAUUCACAUAACGGGCACUAAUGUAGCAUACUUGAAGAAUGUUUUUUCUAGGAUGGUGGAACUGCAGCAUCUCAUCUUGUCUUCAAACAACAUCUCUCUGAUUUCACCAGUGGCUUUUAAAGGCCUGAGAAGGCUAAAAGCCCUCAAACUGCUAGAGAAUAAGCUGGUCGAACUUCCUGCAGAAGUUUUUGAUGACAUGGCACAGCUUCAGCAACUGAUCAUUGAAAAUAACAGGUUGAAAUCCAUCGAAGAAAACCUGUUUGACAAACUAGCUAGUUUGGAGGAGCUUUACUUGAACAAAAACCAACUAACAGCACUUCCCAGUGGUGUGCUGAAGAAACUUGCCAAACUCAAAGUACUGAACUUGUCAAGAAAUUAUUUGGCAGCACUGCCUAGAAAUAUAUUUAGUGCAUUAACCAGGCUCGAGAAGCUGAUGCUGUACUUUAACAGGCUGUCUUCAAUAGAGUCUGGUAUGUUUGAUAGCCUGAAGGAGCUGAUGGAGCUCUUCCUGCAUUCCAAUAACAUCCAGUCCAUUGCCCCUGAUGCAUUUUGUUGUCUUAAUAAACUGAAAAGCCUAACGCUUUCCAGGAACAAACUUGAGGUUUUGCCCUCUGGGCUCUUUCUACAUUUGCAUGACCUGUCUAAAUUGACCUUGUACAGGAACCCACUGAAGUCUCUUCCAGAAGUAUUGUUUGGAGAAAUGAGGCAUCUUGGUGGCCUGUGGCUGUAUCACACAAAGCUCUCAACAAUACCAGAUUUUGUGUUCAGUAACUUGACAAAUUUAGAGCUUCUUGUGCUGAGUUUUAAUCCAGAGCUUAGUUUUCUUCCUAAGAAUGUAUUCAGUGGUCUAAAUGAACUGCGGGGCCUUUCUCUGCAUACAAAUAAUAUUUCCAGUUUGCCAGAGGGCAUCUUCCUGAGCCUUCAGAAACUGCAGAACAUUUCUCUUUUUGAUAAGAGGCUGGAGGUUCUUCCUAGAAACCUCUUUCAUAAUCUCAAGCACCUUCAGAAAGUUUACCUGAAUAGCACUAAGCUGCAAUGUCUUCCUGGAGACUUCUUUACUGCUUUACCUGAGCUGCAGGAAGUCUUUCUUGACAACAACCCUUGGAGAUGCGAUUGCCAAAUUCUUGGUUUCAGAGAGUGGCUCCUCAAGAGCAUGGAGAUAGUUAAAAACGUGCCAUCUCUAAUGUGUCAGAGCCCGCUGGCACUACAGAAUAUUUCUCUUGUGGCUCUAACAGAUGAGCACCUGAACUGCCCGCCAGCCACAGCCAUUACAUACCAGACGUUCAGCUCAGCUUACUCCCAGACAUUGACUUCUCUUGUGACGGAGCACUUAACAUCUUGGGAGACUGCAGUGCCUGACAUGGAUACCAGCACACCCACAUCAAUUCCUCUUGCAACCCUGGGUUUUACCUCCUCACGUCUUGAAGAUGUUGGACAGCCUAGGUUUCAUUUGUCAGAAGUGCCAAUCCAAACUUCACCCAGUGUCAUUGUACAAACCAACAGUGUCAGAGGAACAGAUUUAACUACUCUUGCCUGGUUGGAUGAGAUACCAGCCCACAGAAGUGCUAAACCCUAUUUUAAUGCCAGAGUUGCAUAUUGUCAGUUGUUCUCGUGCCUUUACAAUUUGAUUUUAACACUCCAGACUGUAACCAUUGUGCUCAGUCUGUAUGUGAUGGGUAAAACCAGGCAACUCUUGCACUCCAGAAAUACUGCUACUCAGCCUGUAGUUCUGGUAAAAUUUUUGAGAAGAUGAUAGAGAAUACCAGCUGAAGAGAGGAUUAGAAGCAUUGUUUUGGAUGCAUUUUGAGCAUUUGGGCAGUUGACACUUGAUUCAGGUAUGGAUUGCAAAUCUUCGUGCAAAGAACCAAAA